AUGGCGAAGAGGAAAAACAAAGUCAAACGAAAUCCAAAGGGUGGCAUCAAGAAGGGUGACAAGAUUCACGGACAAAAGAAGGGAAAGAAAGGUGAAGCCGCCGCCUACGUGACAAGAGCACAGGCCCUGGCGAAAUUGCAAAUUCCGCUGGCGGACUUCCGAAAGCUUUGUAUUCUGAAGGGCAUCUAUCCGCGGGAUCCCAAGAAGAAGGCCCAUGGCAACGACAAGACGUACUACCAUCAGAAAGACAUUGCCUUUUUGAGGCAUGAGCCAUUGCUCAACAAGUUCUUCGAACUGAAGACUUUCAUGAAGAAGUUCAAGCGGCUGAUGGGUCGACGAGAAAUAAAGACUGCUAGGCGCUUCGAGGAGAGAAAGCCAAAGUACACGCUUCAUCAUCUUGUGCGGGAAAGGUAUCCAUCCUUUGAUGACGCUGUCCGUGAUUUGGACGAUGCUGUGAGUAUGCUGGCUCUUUUCCAGUCGCUUUCUGCUGACCAGGCCAAGGACAUACCCGUCGAGGCCAUUACCGAAGCCACGCAGCUGUAUCAGGAAUUCCAGCUGUACGUCAUUCGUGCACAGGCCUUGCGGAAAGUCUUCGCAUCAAUCAAGGGCUACUACUUCCAGGCGGACAUCCUUGGCCAUUCCGUGACGUGGCUGGCUCCCCAUCAGUUCGCACAGGAGCUUCCGGCGGAGGUCGAUUUUCGCGUCAUGUUAACCUUCCUCGAAUUUUAUCGUGCCAUGGUCAAGUUUGUCAAUUUCCGGCUGUAUGGCGAUCUUGGUCUUACAUAUCCGCCGAGGCGGGAUGCUGAGCUUGAGCGCACCUCAGCCGACGUGGCAGCCCUGGAGACGGAGAUGAGAGAGGCUGGAAAAGCCCAGCAGCUGCACAGCCAGGACAGCACCGACAUUGCGACGAGUGCACUCAAGGACUUCGGAGAUGAAAGCGAGGCUGCAGAGAUCCAGCAAAGUUUGGCGAAGUCUGGAAGAGUGAAGACGACGUUCAGAGGUUUGCGGGUCUUCAUCAACCGGGAAGUGCCACUGAGGCCCUUAUACUUCGUUCUUCUUUGUGGCGGAGUUGCUGAG